AUGGCUCAAAUCAAUAACAAAACAAUCGUCUGCAUGCUUUUCAUGAUCUUCCUUUUUGUUGGUAUCAUGACAACAAUCGAAGGCAGAACCGUUUCUCUUGAUUUUACAAUACCAGUCCCUUUUUGUUCUUCCGUUAUCAGCGUGAAAAAUGGAGAUACUUGUUUCGGCAUAGCUCAAAAGUUCAAAAUGAGCUCAGAAUUCUUUGACAUUAUCAACCCGAAUCUGAAUUGCAACAAGUUGUUUAUAGGAGAAUGGAUUUGUGUUGAUGGACUAUGA